CAGGAAACCACUGAUCCACAGAACAAAACAACACACUGACCCCGGUCCGCCUCCAGGCUCGGGUCCAGCAUGGCAGAGGGCUUCUUGAUGGAGGUGUGUGUGGACUCUGUGGAGUCUGCCAUCAAUGCUGAACGAGGAGGUGCAGUUCGACUUGAACUGUGCUCCAGUCUGAUGGAGGGAGGCCUCACUCCCAGUCUCGGCCUGCUGCAGGUGGUGAAGCAGCACGUCAAAAUUCCGGUCUAUGCGAUGAUAAGGCCUCGUGGGGGAGACUUCUUGUACUCUGACCAGGAGGUGGAGGUGAUGAGGAGGGACAUUGAGCUGAUGAAGAGCCACAGGGCCGAUGGACUGGUGCUGGGAGCCCUGACGGAGGAUGGACGGGUGGAUGCGGAGCUCUGCAUGGAGUUGCUAGCUGCUGCUCGUCCUUUGCCUGUCACCUUCCACCGAGCUUUUGAUCUGGUUCACGACCCGGCGGUUGCUCUGGAGAGUCUGAUAUCAUUAGGGUUCCAGCGCCUGUUGACAAGUGGCUGUGACAGCUCGGCUUUGGAGGGACUUCCUCUCAUUAAACGGAUCACUGAUCAAGCUAAAGGGAGAAUUAUCAUAAUGCCAGGAGGAGGGAUCACAGAGAGGAAUCUACAGAGGAUUUUGGAGGGAUCAGGAGCUCAAGAGUUUCACUGCUCAGCCCGUUCCAGUAGGGAUUCUGCCAUGAAGUUCAGGAACACCUGUGUGACGAUGGGAGCUGCUUUUUCAGCACCCGAGUAUGGCCUGAAGGUGGCAGAUGUGAGCAAAGUCCGCACUCUAAAUGCAAUUGCCAGAAAUACCUUGUGAAUGGGUACUGCACAAUCAUGACAGACAACAAGACAAGAUACCUCAAAAGGGAUCACGAGUAAUUUUGUCAUUGAAAAUUUCAGAAUUGCCAUAGAGUGCUUUUUCUCCACUUUUUUGUAAUCACUGAAACAGUCCCUGUUUAGUAAGAGCUCAGGUACAGCCUCACUGCCUGAUGGGAUAUGCAGUCCAUUAAAGUGUCUCUGUAAAUUGUAAUUUAAAUACAAAAUGUGCACGUAAAAACUAAAGAAAAGCACCUAUCCUUGCACCUUGUUUUCUGAACAGUGUUUUUUUUAUUAGCUGUGUAAUUGACCUGUAUAGGAGAUAAUGCAAAGCUGUGACCUCCUCUACUUGUUUUUUUAAACAACUACAUAAACAUAAUGACUUGAUUAAGUUUUCUGAGAAGAAUGUAAUAAAAGUGAGAAGAUUUCAACAAUUGA